CGUCUCGCCGGACGCUCCUCUCUGAUUGGCUGGCUGUGUAGGGUUUCUACGUUGCCGGGUGAUGCGGAAGUGAAACUCGGGAGUUGUGGAAGACGCGGACGGUGGAGUCACGAGGAGGAGAAGAAGCAGCGCUGCGUGUGCGCGUGUCAGGGGGGAAGCGGAACCGGGAGCUUUAUCCAGCUGCGCGUGUGGCUUCCCGGAGAGUGAGGAAAGGCUGCUGAGUGUCUCUCAACUCUGGGUUGCGAGUGUUGGGGGUCCCUUCUUCCUUGGGGCUCCCAGACAUGCUGUCUCUGAAGAAAUAUCUGACGGAGGGUCUGAUCCAGUUCACAAUUCUGCUUAGCCUCAUGGGUGUGCGUGUGGACCUGGAUUCUUAUCUGCCCUCUCACCUUCCCCCACUGCACGAAAUUAUCCUUGGACCUACUUCGGCCUACACACAGACCCAGUUCCACAGUCUGCGUGGUACAGCUGAUGGGUAUGGUGUGCAUCCAAAGAGUGUUGACCUAGAUCAAUUUUUUACUUCCCGACGACUCCUGAACAGGGUGCGAGCCCUAGACCGGUUGCAGGUGCCCACUACUGAGUUGGAUGCUUGGCUGGUGCACAGAGAAGCAGAAGGAUCUGUGCCCAGUGCUCAGACUGGCUCCAGUCGUCCCACUGACACCCCACAAGAACGUCCUGGCUCAGAUAGCAGCAUCCGUGACACUCUGGUGACUGAACAAGGCCGCAGCAGUGAAGAAGUGGAGGAGCUGGGUGCAACUGCACAGCCUGGCAGUUCAGAUCUAAGCAAAGAGGAUAUUGAUUUAAUUGAUAUUCUGUGGAGGCAAGAUAUUGAUCUGGGUGUUGGGCGUGAAGAUUUCCUGCAACAUGAUAAAAGAAAUGAUGACAUGUGGGAGUCUCCACAAGAUGACCUUCAAGUUGACAUCCUUGACCCCACUAUACAGGUUGAUGGAGAGACUGGAGAAAAUGUACGACACCAGGAUCAGACUGCCUUGUCAUUGGAGGAAUGUCUAAGUCUCUUGGAUGUCAAUUUCCCAUUUGGGGACCCUCCUGAGUUUUCAGAUCCGACUCCUUCUGACCUUUUGGUCCCGGAUAGUGGCCCUGUGGCUUCUACUCAGUCAGAUGAGCUCUUAUCCCCUUUCCUCCCAGCUAUGGAGAGCCCCUUGGAUCUUGAAGAGCAGUGGCAGGAUCUAAUGUCACUCAUGGAUAUGCAGGUUAUGGAUGUGAACAAUUCAACUGAAAAUCCUUUGUAUUUGAGCUUGAACUCACCAAUCCAGCAGGAUGGUAACCUGGGGCAGGCGCCUCUUCCUAGCUGUUCUCAUGAUCAUUCUGCAGUUUUUGCUCCCACCAUGGAUACCCUAACAGUCCCAGACUCCCCAUUGCCACAGUUUUCUUCCCACAACUCCAGUGACCUGAACUCCACAUUUGGUUUCACCAACUUGACAGGCAUCCUCUUUCCUUCACAUCUCAACAAUACUACUAAUAUCACAUCUCCGCAGAUACUGACUGACCCUCUUGGUGGGAUCCUAGAUGAAGCUUUGCUGGAUGAAAUAAGCCUGAUGGACCUUGCACUGGAGGAAGGUUUCAGUCAAGUUCAGACCACACAGCUACAAGAAGAAUUGGACUCUGAUUCAGGGCUUUCUCUAGACUCCCAUCGCAGCCCUGUGUCUCCUAGCGGAUCAGAGUCUUCCUCCUCUUCCUCUUGCUCAUCAUCCUCUUCAUUCUCUGAGGAAGGGGCGGUGGGAUACAGCUCUGAUUCUGAAAUGAUUGAUCAGGAGGAUUCUGAUGGAGCCAUUGGUUACCAACCUGAAUAUAGUAAAUUCUGUCGUAUGAGCUCUCAGAAUCCAAGCCAUUAUCAGCGACUUCCCUUCCUUGAACAUGUUGGGCACAAUCAUACAUACAACAUGGUGCCUGAAGAACCAGAGGAUAAGCCAGUUGUGAGCAGGGGAAACCGGAGAUCAUCAGGCUUUCUAGAUAGGCAGGCAGGUCGUGACGAGCAAAGGGCAAGAGCUAUGAAGAUCCCUUUCAGCAAUGAUAAGAUUAUUAAUCUACCUGUAGAGGAGUUUAAUGAGCUGCUUACAAAGUAUCAGCUGAGUGAAGCACAGCUCUGCUUGGUGCGUGACAUCCGGAGACGGGGAAAAAACAAGAUGGCUGCUCAGAACUGUCGCAAACGCAAGUUAGACACAAUCCUGAACCUGGAGCAGGAAGUGAAGCGGCUUACCCGCGAACGUACCUCCCAAUUGAGAGAGAAAGGAGAAAACCUAAGGUCCCUUCAACAAAUGAAGCAGGAGGUGGAGAAUCUUUACCAGGAGGUUUUUAGUCAACUAAGAGAUCAAGAGGGUCGUCCAUAUUCAUCCCAGCGGUAUGCCUUGCAUUACACAAGCAAUGGCAACAUUGUACUUAUGCCGAGGAGUGCUGAGGGUCAGCAAGGCCGACGGCCAGAGAAGAAGGAUCGGAGAAAGUGAUGUAUCUGUAUUUGACUUCAGGAAUAUUACAGGACAGGGGGUGUGGGCUGUGCUUUCAUUCAGGCCUCAAUAUCAAACCUUUUCACACAACUGACCCCAGUGAGUGACCAGGAGACAGUCUACACUUACUGUGGGUCAAGUGCUGUGUCCUGUCAGCGUCUGGGCCCUGUCAGUCCAGGAAUAAGGAGACCAGCCAGGCCCGCGGGCACAGACAAGCCCGGGUAUCGUAUAAACAAGAAGCUGACAAAAAGGGAGGGUAAAAGAAAAUAAGUAAAAAAAAAUUUAUUUUUAUUCUGGAUCCAAUGCCAUGUCUGCAAUGUAGCCAGUUAUGUCAGGGGCUGAAGUGUCAUCUUGCAUGAGUAGAACAACAAUGAGGACAUGUUAAUAAGUAGAAAUUAGAUGACAGCGGCACAGAAUGGUUUUGUCCUUGAGUAGCGAUUUGGGGGCCAGUGACCUUUUUGUAUUGUCAUUAAAUGGGCAGCUGUGGGGACAGUUAUAGCAGUAAUGUUUGUCCCCUUGCUACUUGAUGGGAAAAUCAUCCAUCCCAAGUCUCUAAUAAGACAUUUUGCAGCAUGCAUAAUGGUCGUAAGACAUGUCAAUUUGUGACUGUACUAAGGUACAAUGCUGUCCAUUUUUUUAUUGCUGCGUGUUCCAAUGUAUUAUGGGGUCCAUUGACUCCUGAUAUUUAUCCUUUUGUCUAGCUUGGUAGCAAAGGGGUAGUUUGUAUUUAAAGAAAGAUUACAAAUUUUAGUUAAGGCUCAGUCCCCAAACUACUAGACAGUGUAAUGCAGGGAACCCACACCCAGUGUGCACAGAGUUGUUUGUUUAAUUAUUCUGGUAGCAUCACCAGAAUACAGUAAAGUGGGUAGAAUGACGUGGACUGUAAAUUCCUAUGUCCAAGUAGGAACAAUUGUGUUUUUGGAGAGAUCAGCAGUAAUCCAUAUAAUAUUUAAUUCUAUAGAAUUAGCCUGAAAGGUUUAGGAAUUGCUGCUUUUAUUGAGUGAAAACUAUGCAUGUUCCAUAUUGCAUCGUUUUGGAACAGGAAUAGGCUACCUGGCACUUUAGCUGAUUUAGGUUGCAGGUACCAUUUAUCAAUUGCAUGCCUCGGCAUCAUGGUAGCCAAAGUCUACAGCAGAUGGAGUGUUAAGGAAGUUCUCCCGUAUUCGAACUGUUUUACUUUUGGAAGAAAGUUUUAUAUAUUUUUUUUAUUUAAGAUACACAGAUUUGUGAUAGUUUGUCUAAUUCCAUUAGAUUCCAACACUGUGUCACCUUGCUCAUGUUGUGUGGCUUAGAAACAAAAAAGGCCUCUAAAUUGUAGUUAUGAAAUUUCAAACCAAGUUAGGUUGAGGUUAGAAAUGAGAUGGAAAAGUAACGUGAAAAAAGUUCAUGAUAAAUGCCAACUGUGAGGAAUGUUUUGCCAGUCAAUAUUCUUAAUAGCAUCCAAAAGGACAAAUGGGAUGUGAACCCUAUAUAGCAGAAAGUGUAUUUUUAAAUAAUUUCACUACAGAUCCAUAUCUCAGAAGCACACUGGACCCUUAACAUUUGCUAUGCCGUCAGGCCGUGCAUGGAAAGUGCUGUUUGUAGUAUUUUGAAAUCUUUUGCUGUAGGAAUGUGAUUCAUCAAGGAGGAACCCUGCCGGAACUGUCUUCAUUGUUGUGUGUGUUUAUUUUUUAAACUUCUUUUUUGAAGAAGUUUAAUAUGAAUGGCAGCACUAACAAGGCAGCACUUUUCAUUUCUAAAACAUCAGCCUGAAGUAAUGUGUCUUGAAUUAUGGAUCUGGAAAUGCUAGUCUCAGUGAUGGAUGACAACCCAAUGAGGUGUUCAAUGAUGAAAAGCUGUGAGUCCCUUAGUAUACAUUUUAUCUGUUUAUUUUCACAAUUUGAUCACUAUGAUGCUCUGUCUUUAAUAAGAUCAGAGCAUGCCACUAUCUAUGUUCCAAACCGGGAGACAGGACAGUUGGUGUCUGUACAAUACACAGGAAAUGUAACAGGUCAGAUACAGUGAAUAUAAGUAUCCAGUAAUACCCUAGAACAAAUGUAAAAUAAAUGGCCAUGGCCAUUUAAAAUAUAUACAGAGUAGCUUACAUAAAUAUAUUGGUACAAAAUGCAAUUUAAUUUAUCAGUUUUUUUUUUUUUUUUUUUUACAUCCUGCACUUUUGUUUUUGUUCCUCCUUGUCACUCUGACAGAUUGCAUAACAAGGGUUGAUACUGAUGGUUAAUCCGUUGAUUAACUCCACAAGGCAGCAUGUUCACCUAGCAGUGUAAGAGUGAUGUCAUACUGUGGCCUUCAUUGCAGCUGUGCCUGGAUUCCAAAAGGGCUUUUACAGAAGAAAAAAACAACAAUGUUUUGGUUUGUGCAACAUGAAAUGUUAGUUAAGUUUCAUAUGUGAGGUUUGUCUGGAACUGCUAUUUGGCGAAAUAAGCCAGGGAGAACCAGGUAUGUGCUUUAUGGUGUCAUGAUGUAUUUUCAAUUCUGGUUGUCUGGCCUUUGAUAUAGUAAGGGGCAGGGAGUUUUACAUUGUGCUCCCCUCACCAUGAUGACGGACUUCAGCUACCAUGAUUCUUUGCCACUCUGAUUCAAAUGGAAUUGUGAGAUUUGCAGUUCAACAUCGUCAUGGGGUGAGCCCCAUUUUGCAUCCCUUAUUUAGGUUAUAUAUUCUAUAAACUGUGAGUCCCAUCCCCAAAUCGAAUGGCCUACAUUUCACAAGUUGGUUGCUCAUAUGCUAUUUUGCAAAGUUUAAUGGCAGUCGAUCAAAGCUUUAGAAGAAAACUUCCGGUUGUCACAUUGGGAGCUUGAUUAUAAAAAUACAGUUUUAUUUAAAAAACGUAUGUGAAAUGGCACUUGUACAAACAAUCACACUACUCAGGGUUGCAUUUAAAGAGAAUCUUUGUUUCAUAGUAUGCCAGGGUGCCAGUUAAAUGAAAAUAACCGUUAAACAAAUAAACUCAUUUGUGUUUGAAAAUCA